UACAACUCGUUGGCGAAACGACCGCAGUUCUUUCCUACCCAGGGAGUUGUUGUAGGAAUCAACUCGAAGCUGAAUGCUGGCUAUCCCCAAAUUUGGAAAUUUUUAAUCGACGAUGUGGAGUUUAAAAAACAAUUAUCAGUUGAAAAACCAAUCGUCAAGGGAUACAAUUUUUAUAAAUCAGGAAAAUUGGAAGGAAUUUAUACUGAACAGGACGGUGAACUGUUUUACGUCAAGAGCCAAGUCAAGUCAUCUUAUGACAAGCAAGCUGAUAAGAAUAAAAACAUCUACACUGUCAAAAUGAUCAUAAAGGCAAGUUCGCAAGUUAAACAAGCUGUCUGCCCAUGCGCCUCAGGAAAUGAUGGACAGUGGAAUCACCUAGCUGCUACUUUAUUUGCUAUGGAAGAUGCAUGUAAGAAAGCUGCUAGCACAACCACAGAAAGUGAAGAUGAAUUGCCUUGUACGUCAAAACCUUGUAAAUGGAGCAUUCCAAAGAAACGAAAACAAGAGCCUACUACUGUUCAGGCAGUUAAAUUUGUAAAGCAUGUGUAUGGAAAGAAAGAAAAAGAAUGUUCAUCAAGUGCAACAGUCAACACCAUACACAAUAAAAGCAAGCCAAAUACUGACUAUAAUGCAUUACUAGAAAAGAUUAAAGCAAUGGAAGAGAAAACUGGGAAAAAAAUUGGCCUUCAUUCGAUCAUUCCACAAAAUGUUCCUUAAUAUUCAACUACAGUCACUGUCGUGUCUUAUUUGUAUGUGCCCACUAAAAUAUUUUAAGAACGUAGCACGUGAAUUCCAGGAAGGCGACAAGUUCACGCGCACGUGACCUUUUUCGUUUCUCUUUCAUGAAUAAGUACUUUGGAACUCUAGUAUCUAAAAGUUAGUAUCUAAGUUAGUUUGUAAAGUUCGCAAGGGGUUUUGCAAAGGAUUCAGAGAAUUUCGAAGCGACGUGGGGCGACCUAGGUAGAGAGGCUGAUUUACGACGCUGUGGAACUCUGAAAAAAAAAAAGGGAAUUAAACGUGGAGUUUACAGUCACCGAAGAAACACCAAAGCCAUCAAAGUGGGACAUAGUCUCUCCUGUCAAAACU